AGGGGAGCGCGCCCAGUCGGGAGCCGUGCGUCCCGCGCUCGCCUGCGCGCUCCCGCAUACCCGGGGCUCGGAGGAGCCCGGCCACGGUCUGGGCGCUGGUAGGGGCUGGGGUUCCUGGACUAGGGGCUGUUUCCCGCUGCUGGAGCCGGUGCUGUCCGGGGGGCCUCGAGAAACGCGCGGGCGGUCCCCGCCCCUGGAACUUUCCGCGGACCUGUCGCGAUCCGACUGCGGAGGGACCCGCGGGGUUUAAAACAGUCCUGUGGCUCUAGGGUGAAGCAACAUGGAUGCUGUCAGCCAGGUCCCUGUGGAUGUCACGCUCCCCAAGCACGUUUUGGACAUCUGGGUCAUUGUCCUCAUCAUCCUGGCCACCAUUGUCAUCAUGACCUCCUUGUUGCUGUGCCCAGCCACUGCUGUCAUCAUCUAUCGCAUGCGGACUCAUCCUGUCCUCAAUGGGGCUGUCUGAGAACCUCCCAAGAGGGCUAGUCACCUCAUAUGAAAAUCACAUGUGAAAGCUGGACAGCAAAUAAAGAAGACUGAAGAAGAAUUGAUGCUUUUAAAUUAUGAUGUUGUCCAAGACUACUGAAUAUACCAUGCAUGGACUGCCAGAAAAACGAACAAAUCUGCCUUGGAAGAAGUACAGCCAGAAUGCUCCUUAGAAGUAAGGAUGGCAAGACUACCUCAUAUACUUUAGACGUGUUAUCAGGAAGGCCCAGUUCCUGGAGAAAGACAUCAUGCUUGGUAGAUAGUCAGCGAAAAAGACGAAGAUCCGCGAUGAGAUGGAUUGACACAGUGGCUUCAACAAUGGGCUCAAGCAUAAUGAUUGUGAGCAUGGUGCAGGACCAGGCGGUGCUUCGUUCUGUUGUACAUAUGGUCGCUAUGAAGUUAGAACCUACUCGAGGGCACCUAAGGACAAUAAUAACAUGUGUCAAAACAAGUCUGGGAGGAGCAUUGAGAAGGUUAAAAGAGCGUUAUUGGGACAGUGAGAUUAUGGUGACUUUUUCUUUGUGUUUGAUUCUUUAUUGCAACUGUCUGUAAUGAAAUGAAUAUAUGCAUUGUCAGUUUGUUAUUAAUAAAAAUUAUUUGUGUGAUACUCUGCACCAUAUCUUACUGCAGGGGUAAUUUCUGCUAUCAUAUUUCAGUCAUAACUGGUUUCAUCAGACUUCUCUUUUCAACCCAACCCGUGUUUGGAAACUAACAUUCCAACAACAUGCCUCUUAUGCAUACCUACUGGUCCAAGGGAAUGAAGUUUAAGAAGUGUGUAUGUGUAUGCGUGUGUACGUGUAUGUGUGAAGGUGUAAUGUGAGCCUCUUGAAGUGCACAUAGAGCAUUUCAUGUUGAGCUAUUCACUUAACCACCCAUUUGGUUAUAAACAUGUUUGGAAAUAAACUUCCUAGUACUACCUAUCACAUAUGUGCAAAGCAAAUCUCAUUUCAUUUUCGUUUCUAGUAAUGAUAUUUAGUAUUAGUUGUCACUAAUAAAAAUUAUUUUUAAAUUCGUGGGUAGAAAGUUUUUUUUUUUUGCUUUCCAUCUCUACAAAUUUAGUGUUUUUCCUCUAUGGCAAUGAUUCUCAAACUUUCAUAUGCACCAGAAUCGUCUGGCCAAAAAAAAAAAAAAAAAAGCCAAAUGUGUUGCCGUCGAGUCCAUUCCAACUCAGUGAUCCUGUAAGACAGAGUAGAACUGCCCCAUGGAGUUUCCAAGGAGCAUGAAUCAUCUGGAGAGCUUUAAAGAAAAUUGUUGACUACUAUGUGUCAGGCAAGUAGCCCUGGUGGUACAGUGGUUAAAGUUCUCGGCUGUUAACUGAAAGGUCGUUGGUUUGAACCCACCAGCUGCUCUGAGGCAGAAAGGCGUGGCAGUCUGCUUCCAUGAAGUUUACAGCCUUGGGACCUUAAUGGAGCAGUUCUAGUCACUAUGAAUUGGAAUUGACUCAGUGACAGUGGGUUUGGUUUGGUUUUUGAUUCUUAAAUAGCCUGAUUCAGCAGGUCUACGAUAGAGCCAAAAAUUUGGCAUUUUUGAUAAAGUUUUAUGUCCAAAGAUAGGGAAGUUUGUUUCCACUGUGAUAGCUGCCUACUACUUAAGUCUUUUCUUAAUUGUCUGCUGGAGGAAAACCUGGACAAUUUUGUGAUUGACAAGCAUAGAAUUAGUCUUGUACAAUAUAAGUCCUGAGAAUCAGUAGGCUGGGAAUUGGUGGAUGUGGGACUUAGGCUCUGUGUGUGCUGCCUAGCCUCUUCUGAGUCUGACUCCUAGUUUAUAAAGAGGAACUAAUGAAAGGUAUCAGAAUUAAAUGAGAAAAUCAUUCCACGCUUUUUGGGUGAAUGGGUGUAAAGAAUUCCUAAGCGGUCCACCAGAUGGCGAUGCAGUUCUUUUUCCAAAUGCAGCAAUCAAGCGCUGAAAGUUUUGAGUUAUUCUCCUCACGUGCCUUGUUGUUGCCAACUGCCAUUGAGUUCACUCCGGCUCAUGGCUAUCUUACAUAUAACAGAACUUGAGGUGUGGUCCUGUGCCAUCUUCAUGAUCAUGUUUGAGUACCUUGUUUUGACUAUUGUGUCAAUCCGCUCAUUGAGGGUUUUCCCUGACCCUCUAUCAUGUUUCUAGCAAGUCAAUAUUUUUACACUCCUAGUUUUAGAGACUCUGGGGGUCACGUAGGGGUCAUCCAAUACAAACUCACCUAUAAUGCAGGAACUCCCUCUGUACCAGUAGGGUGCUGUGGAGUUGAUUCUGAUUCCUGGCAGCUUCAUGUGAAGUGUAGCACUGUGCUCGAUAGGUUUUCAAUGGUUGUGAUCUUUUGGAGGUAGGCCUUUCUUCUGAGCCAGGUUUGGGGGGAUAUGAACCGCCAACUUUUAGGUUAGUAGCUGAGUGCUUAACCAUUUACGUCAUCCAGGGACUCCUACCUAAAUCACAUAGUAUUUAAUUGAGGUGGAUGAAAGGCUCUUCGAUUCCCAUAAAGAUUUACAUACCGUAAGAAAAGUUUCUAUUUUACGUGUUCUAUAGGGUCGCUAUGAGUCGGAAUUGACUCGACGGCACUUGGUAUAAUGUCAAUAGUUUUUUUUUUUUUGGUGUAAUAACAUUAGGAGCUCUGGUGGCACAGUUAGUUAAGAGCUUGGCUGCUAACCAAAAGGCUGGCAGUUCGACUCCACUAGGCACUCCUUGGAAACCCUAUGGGACAGUUCUACUCUGUCCUAUAGGGUCACUAUGAGUUGGAAUUGACCCCAAUGGGUUUGGGUUUUUUGGUUUAUAAUAGCAUUAAGGAGCCUUGGUGACACAGUAGUUAAGCGCUCGACUGCUAACCAAAAGGUUGGCAGUUCAAACCCACCAGCUGCUCUGUAGAAGAAAGUCGUGGCAGUCAGCUUCUGUAAAGAUUACAGCCUUGGAAACCCUAUGGGGCAUUUCUGCUCUGUCCUAUAGGGCUGCUAUGAGUUGGAAUCAACUCGAUCAUAAUGGAUUUGUUUUGGGUUUAUAAUAACAUUAUUAUAACAAAGUUACAAAAAUCAUACACUGGGUAGUUUUUAAAUUUAGAAAGCUACAGCUAUACAGAGAAUUGUUUAAAUGCACAAACUUUUGAGCCAAGCAGACCAAAUAUCUGUGCCACUUUUUGAAAGUGACUGUAUCAAAAUGGCACUGUCCUCAUUUAUAAAAGGUGGGGGGCUAUAUUUACCUCAGUAGUGCUGCUGGGGGAUUGAUUAAAGGAGGUGCUGUAUGUAAAACAUUUAUAGAGAGCCUGGCCAGAAGUGAGGACUCAAUGCUUACACGUUACCUGAAAACAAAGGAGGAUCAUUAGCUCUACCUGAAAGAAUACAGAUAUGGACGGGGCAAGUUGGCUGCUUGGCCUCACUGCAUUGGGUUCACCCAAACACCCCAGGAAACAUUCCCACGGUGACCAGCAGGAGAGUGAGAAGUGCAAAAGAAAGGAUUGGGGUGGGGAAGAAAUGAGGCGGCUAAGUAGUCUAAGGAGAAGUUAGGAAAUAAUGUAAAAACCUAACUCAAUUUAUUCUAUUAUCCUCAUAUUCUCUUUAUACAUUCUUCUUUGCAAUUAUUUUACUUUAAUGAUCAAGUUUUUCAUCUCAGAUUUGUGUCUUGGUGAAAAAACAGAUUUUACUAUUACUGUACAGUAAAAGCUUAGAAGUGUACAGAACUCCGUGUCAAUGAAACGAAAACUCAUACAAAUGAGAGAGAGUAAGCAAAUGCACUUCACCAAAAUUUGUCAUUUCAACAACAAGUUUUACAACAAGGAUGUAAGACAUAUAUUCUUUGUGAAUUUUCAAUCACAGCGAUCUUAGCCUUCCUAGUACUGGAGUGCUUUUUACGAGAUUUUCACCUCAGAAAACAUAUUAAACAUUUUUUGUUGUUAGAAAAAGUCCAAACAUUAUUUUAAAAAUAUGAUUGUCUCAUGCUACAUAACAGUUCUUUGGAUCAUGCGUAAUAAAGAAAUGAUACCUAAAACAAAGCUAUUUUGUGUUUUAGGAAUUGAAUAGCGGCUGGCCACAGAACGAUUUGUGCCAUCUGUGGACAUCAUGGCAGUAGAUUGACUUAACUUUUCUUUCUACAUGCUUAGUACUAAAUAAUUUUGAAUUUAUGGAGAGUUAAGUUAAGCUAAAUGAAUUCCAACUUUGCAUUUAGUUGUAAGGAGCCUGACGCUUUCAAAAGGUAAGCUGAUGUGGCAUGACAAAAUUUUUCAGCCAUUACAUGAGCGGACUACAGAAUUCCAAACAGCAAACGUUACUGCAUCAGGAGGUAUGACAUGAUACCUAUUAGAAAAGGAAAGGGGAGAAGAGAAAAGUAAGGUUGGUAGCCAGAAUAUGAGCUAAGCGGGGCGACUGCAGCUUUGUCAGGCAGUCAAAGGCAGCAUGCCCAGAGGAGUGAGAGAGAGAAUAUAUUUGAAUUUAUUACAAUUCCAGGCAGUUAAUCUGCUUCUCAUGUUCUACUCAUGUACCUUUGUGUACAUGUGUGUAAUUUGGUAAAUAUUUUACCCCAGAGAAAGUCCUUGGAUGAGAUGUAAUGUUUUGAUAAGAUUCCCUUCAGAAAUAUUAAUUAAUCUAGGAGAAUGGAAGAGCCUGAAUGAAAAUCAGUAGCUCAAGCAUGGAGAUGUGCAGAACUCAGUCAGCAGAGUGGCAAGAGAAUGACGUAAUGGAAAGAAUGAAAAGUCACCCAGGCAAGAGCCCUAGAAACCUUCUAAGAUUUGGGUUUUUCAUUGAUGUUUAACAAAGCUUCGCUACACAGAAUUUUGGAAGGCUGUAUCCUCUUAAUUUCAGUAGAAGUUUUUUUUAAUUCUAGAAAAACAAAAACAAGCAAACAAAAAACUUUCACUUUUCAGUCUUGCAGUAUGGAUACUAAAUAGAUUUGAGAAAAUAGGCUAUGCACUGUGGGAAAAAAAAUCUGGCAAAGGCUGUGAAUUCCUAUCAAUCCGAACAAAUAAAAUAAAACAUAUUGCUGUCUAGUCAAUUCCGAUUCAUGGUGGGAUGUCUAAACUUAGGGACAGGGCAGGAGGCAUCUCUGUCCUUUGAGAUGUUCUGUUUUAUUCUGAAAAAGCGGAAUGGGACAAGGCCAGAGAUUCUGAUGAUCAGAAGUAUCCAAAGCUACAUGUAAAAUAGAAGCUCAGGAUGUCUAAGAAAAGAGAUAAGAAUGUACAAAAUGGCCAAUAUCGUACAAUCCCCCUGGUCCUUAAGCAAUUACUGGAAUUUUUAACAUGCUUGAUUUGAAUAUUUUAUCCAAAUACAUUCUUGAAGGAAAUCUCUAUCGUUCUUCAUAAUUAGCUGGAAUGCUCAAUUUAUUCUACUUUCUCUGGCUGAAAUACUCUUUAAAAUAUUUGUUGAAAGUCUCUGCUUACAAAGUUUCGGUAAACUUACGUAGAUUUUGUAAAAAGCUGUUUUAUACCCAAAGCCAGAAGAUGAAAAUGAGAAUUAAAAAAGACAAAUGCCUCAGACAUGCUUUGAAACUUCAAUUUCAAAAUUAAUCAGAAAAGUAUUAUUUCAGGAUGGAAAGAGAAUAAAAUUAUAGGUAAAGAGUACCUUCCUUGAAAUGUGUUGUGGUCUUUGAGAGUUCUCACCACAAGACCUUCGUAGAAGAAAACUGGAGGGUUGGUAAUUUCUGCAAUGGAGGAGGCGGGGGGAUUAGAAUCUGUCUGAAUUCUUAGUUUUAACAUUUUUCCUGUCACAACUGAUCUUUAUUUCAGACACUACUUUUUAAAGUAGGUCAUAUAUUCUGCCAUAAUAUAGAUACAUAUACUUUUUUUUUGAGAGAAGAAUGGAGUAUAGGUUUCACUAUUGUACUUGCAUUCUAUGAGAUUAUUCCAUUGCCUAAUUAAUGUUUUUUGGGGAAAGGUAGUGAUUUUUUGACGUUCUGAUAGGGGGGGAAAAAAAGAAAAGGAGACAAUUUCUUAGCCUGGUCAGGAAAGGGGCAGGCAUGUGGGGCUGAAAUGCUGGCUUUUAUAAGGACAAUUACUGGGUCAGAGUAUUGUUCAAUUUUAGUGCUUUGAUACGCAUGUCCAAAAUGCCCUCCCCAGAGAUAUUGUGCCACCAUACCUCACACUAGCAUUUAUUAAGCGUGCCCAUCCUCUGGACGCUUAUGAAUCUCAUAUAUAAUAUUUGCCUGUUUGAGGGUGUGUGUGUUGGGGGGAUGAAGUGUACUUGUUUGUAAUUUUUUUUUAUUAUUAGUAAGAUUGAUCAUUAAAAUAACCAAGUAUCAUUUAUUAGUGUAUUUUAACAUUUUCAACUUAAAAAAAAAACUUUAAAUUUCGAUAUAUCAAGUACACUAAAAUGCACAAAUUUUAGGUGUUCAGUAUGGUGUGUUUUGGUAAUAGUGUAUGCCUAUGUAAACACCUAAAAAAAAGACAGAGAACGUUUCUAUCAUUCUCAAAAGUUCCUUUGUGCUACUUUCCAGUCAAUUUCCAUACCAUCUCCUAGGCAACCAUGUUGUGAUUUCUACCACCAUAGAUAAGUUUGUCUGGAUUUCAUAUAGAAUUAUACAGUAGAUACUCUUCUGUGUCUGGCUCCUGCCUUUGGGAAAGAUCCAUGUUGUUGAAUGUAUCAGUAGGUUGUUAUUUUUUGUAUGGCUAGGCAAUAUUCCAUUGUAUGAACAUACUAUAAUUUGGUUAGCCUUCUUGUUGAUAGACAAUUAGGAUGCUUUCCAUUUUGGGCUAUUACGAACAGGGCUGCUAUAAGUUUUCUUGUUUAAAAAAGACUUUUUGUGAACAUGUUUUCAUCUUUUUUGAUAAAUGCCUAAGUGAAAUUGUUGGGUCAUAGAAUGGAUGUAAAUUUAAUUAUAAAACCAACUUCCAAACAGGUCUUCAAAGUGGUCGCGUAUUUUACAUUGCCAUCAGCAGUGUACGAGAGUUCCCGUUGAUUGACGUUCUGGUCAACAUAUGUGAAAUCAUGCAUUAUUGUGGCUUUAAUUUUCAUUUCCCUGUCAACGAAAGAUACAGAGCACCUUUUUCAUGAGGUUAUUGGCAAGUUGUAUUUCUCUUUUGUGAAGUGCCUGUUUAAGAGUCUUUUCCUCAAUUUUGAAAAUUAAGCUCUCUUUUUAUUAAUUUGUAGUAGACAUUCUUUAUAUUGUCUGAUAUAAAUCCUUAAUCAGAUUCAUGCUUUGCAAAUACUUUUUCCCAAUCUGUGUUUGUCUUUUGAUUUUAAAUGGCAUUUUGAUCAGCAGAUGUUUCUAGUUUUGAUUAAGUGUAGUUGAAUAAUUUUUUCUUUUAUGGUUCAUAUUCUUUGCAUUCUGUCCAAGAAAACUUUGUCUGCCCCAGGGCUGUAAAGAUAUUUAUUCUUCUAUGUUUUCUUCUAGAAGGUUUACAUUUAUGGGGUUUCCCUUUAGUUCUAUGAUACAUCUCAAAUUAAUUUUUGUGUGGAGUUUCAUUUUUCGUUUUUUUUUUUUGAAUAUUAAUAUCUAGCUGUCUCAGCAACAGUUGUUGAACUCUCUCUUUACCCCACUAAAUUAACUUGGUAUCUUGUAAGUAUCAGUUGACUGUAUAUUUGUGUCUAUUUUUAUACACCUCCAUUGACCUAUUAGUCUGUCUUUAUCCCUUGUACGUUAUAUAUCCUAUGUCCUAUGUCUUGAUUAUUGUAGGUUUACAGUACAUCUUGGAAGACAGUGUAAAUCUUCCAAAUUCUUUUGGCUUUUCUACAUCCUUUGCAUUUUUAUAUAGAAUUGGUAAUCACAUAUCAAAAAGUGGCCAGAAUUUUGAUUGAAAUUACACCCAAUCUGUAGAUCAAUUUGGGUAGAAUUAAAAUCUUAACAAUACUGAAUUUUCUUAUCUAUGAACAUCAUAUGCCUCUCCGUUUAUUUGUUUGUCCUCUAAUUUUGAACAGCAAUGUUUUUUAGUGUCAGGGUAUAGAUUUUGCACAUAUUUUCUUAAAUUUAUUCCUAAGCAUUUUAAUCUUUUUAUACUAUUACAAAUGGUCUUUUUUCUCAUUUGUUUGUAGCUACUGUGUAGACAUACAACUGAUUUUUGUACUUUGACCUUGUAUCCUACAACUUUGCUUAAUUUUCUUAUUAGCUACAGAAGGUUUUUUUUU